CAUCAGCAGUUUCUAUGACCCGGAAGUGAAUACGUCUGAGGUCAGGAGCAUGUUGCAGCACCACAGGGUGGUUCGACUUUUUCUAAACAUCACCAGAAGAUCUGACUGAGCAGAACUUCAUCAACAGUACCUUUUAAGUAUCAUGUUUAACCACAACAGCAGAGGGCGCUCCCUUGAGGAAACCGUGUGGAUAAAUGGAAAAAAGAGAAAAAAGAGAGGGGGGAAUCUGAAAGGGCAACAGAAAAACCACCAGGGGGCAUGGUUGUCCACUCUGGAUCCUGAAGUAGCGUCUUUGCAGCAUCAACCUCCACCCAAGCCAGACACAACCGUGACUGCAGCUCCAGCACAGGCCUCGUCUUCUUUCUCUGAAACAGUGAACAGGAAAUCCAGCAAACCUGAAACCCCGGUCACUUUAGGUCUGAAUGGACCAAUCUCAACCAAGAUCCUGGCUUUGGACUGUGAGAUGGUGGGGGCGGGGCCUAAAGGUCACAUAAACCAACUGGCACGCUGCACCAUCGUGUCGUAUGAAGGCGAUGUGGUUUACGAUAAAUUUAUUAGACCCGCCCUCCCGGUUACCGACUAUCGCACUCGAUGGAGUGGGAUCCGCCAUUGUGACCUCAUCAAGGCUACACCCUACAUACAGGCACGCAAAGAGAUCCUGAAGCUGCUCGUGGGUAAGGUUGUGAUUGGACACGCCGUCCAAAACGAUUUUAAGGUCCUGGGUUACGGUCACCCGGGGACUCUGACCAGAGACACGUCCCGGUGUCCUCUGAUUAACCUGAAGGCUGGAUUCACCCACAACCAGUGUGUGUCACUUAAAAGACUCACCAAAGCCAUUUUCGACCGCGACAUCCAGACAGGAAGGAAGGGUCACUCAUCUGUGGAAGAUGCCCGAGCCUCCAUGGAGCUGUACAAGGUGGUGGAGCAGGAGUGGGAGAAGAUGCUGGUCUCUAAACCUCAGUCCACAUCGUCCUGAGGACCUGGACCUGGAGUCACAGACUGGGGGAAGUCAGACAAGAGACCUUCAUCAUCAUCAUCAUCGGGUUCUUGGAGACAUCAACCUGUCGAUCCAGAACUUCAGAAAUGAUUGAUGAAUUGGAGACACAUUUGAUAAAAAAAAAAAAAAACUGGCCACCUGGGGGGGGGGGAUCCAAAUGAUCUGAAACCACUUCCUGCUGCUGCUUUGCCUAUUUGUAGGUAAAUAUUAACCAGCAGACAUGGACUGAAGGUUCAGUCCCAGUUUGAACCUGGAUCUUUUAUGUCGGCUCCUCUAUAAAGGUGUUCAACUCUGGUUCUGGUUUAUAUAUUUUAAAAGUUCUUCUGACAUGUGAGUAAAAAGGUUUGUUUAAAAUGUCAUUUAUUUAAACAUUUUACUGCCUUCAUAAAGUCUACGGUCACAA